GGCGCCCGGGGCCUGCUGGCUGGGGGGAGAUGGACGACUCGGGGAUUAUCCGCAGGCGACGGCUCCAGAAGGACCUGCCGUUGCCGCGGAAAAGUAGCAGCUGCCGAACCAGUAACAGGAAGAGCCUGAUCCUGACCAGCACGUCCCCGACACUGCCGCGGCCCCACUCCCCCCUCCCGGGUCACAUUGGCAACAGCCCCCUGGACAGCCCGAGGAACUUCUCACCCAAUGCACCCGCCCACUUCUCCUUCACCUCCUCACGCAGGGCAGACGGGCGUCGGUGGUCUCUGGCUUCCCUUCCCUCGUCCGGAUAUGGAACCAACACGCCCAGCUCCACCGUGUCGUCGUCCUGCUCGUCCCAGGAGCGGCUGCACCAGCUGCCCUACCAGCCCACCAUGGACGAGCUGCAUUUCCUCUCCAAGCACUUCGGCAGCACCGAGAGCAUCACGGACGAAGAUGGGGGGCGCCGCUCCCCUGCCGUGCGCCCCCGGUCCCGGAGCCUCAGCCCGGGCCGCUCCCCCUCCUCCUACGACAACGAGAUAGUGAUGAUGAACCAUGUGUACAAGGAACGGUUCCCCAAGGCCACGGCACAGAUGGAGGAGAAGCUGCAGGAUUUCAUCACGGCCUUCGAGCCCGACAGUGUGCUGCCCCUGGCCGACGGGGCGCUCAGCUUCAUCCACCACCAGGUGAUCGAGCUGGCCCGGGACUGCCUGGCCAAGGCCCGCGAGGGGCUUAUCACCAGCGUCUACUUCUACGAGCUGCAGGAGAACAUGGAGAAGCUGCUGCAGGACGCCUACGAGCGCUCAGAGAGCCUGGAAGUUGCCUUCGUGACCCAGCUGGUGAAGAAGCUGCUGAUCAUCAUCUCCCGCCCGGCGCGGCUCCUGGAGUGCCUGGAGUUUAACCCCGAGGAGUUUUACCACCUGCUGGAGGAGGCUGAGGAUCAUGCCAAGGAGGGACACCUGAUGAAGACGGACAUUCCUCGCUACAUCAUCAGCCAGCUGGGCCUCACCCGCGACCCCUUCACAGACAUGGUGCAUCUGGAGGAACACGACAGUGGUGGCUCCAACACGCCUGAGACAGACGAGGUCACAGAGGGCCGGGGAGCUGCCCUGAAACACAAGAAACCACCCGGAGAAGGGGACUUUGAAACCAUCAAACUUAUUAGCAACGGAGCCUAUGGGGCCGUGUACUUGGUGCGGCACAAGGAGACCCGGCAGCGCUUUGCCAUGAAGAGGAUCAACAAGCAGAACCUGAUCCUGCGGAACCAGAUCCAGCAGGCCUUCGUGGAGCGGGACAUCCUCACCUUCGCCGAGAACCCCUUCGUCGUCAGCAUGUUCUGCUCCUUCGAGACCAAGCGGCACCUCUGCAUGGUCAUGGAGUACGUGGAAGGUGGGGACUGCGCCACGCUGCUGAAGAACAUUGGGGCCCUGCCCGUGGAGCUGGCGCGAAUGUACUUCGCCGAGACCGUGCUGGCCCUGGAGUAUCUGCACAACUAUGGCAUUGUCCACCGCGACCUCAAACCCGACAACCUGCUCAUCACCUCCAUGGGGCACAUCAAGCUGACGGACUUUGGCCUCUCCAAGAUGGGGCUGAUGAGCCUCACGACCAACCUGUACGAGGGCCACAUCGAGAAGGACGCCCGUGAGUUCCUGGACAAGCAGGUGAGGCCACGGGGCAGGGGAUGGGGGGCCAUGGGGUGGAUUGGGGUCCAGCUCUGCCCCCAUCUAACCCCCCCGCUCCCAGAUGACAUCCUGUGGCCGGACGGGGAGGAGGCCCUGCCCGCGGAUGCCCAGCACCUCGUCUCCUGCCUGCUGCAGACCGACCCGCUCGUCCGCCUGGGGGCUGGUGGCGCAUUCGAGGUGAAGCAGCACAACUUCUUCAAGGAGCUCGACUGGGCGGGGCUGCUGCGCCACAAAGCCGAGUUUGUCCCCCACCUGGAGUCGGAGGAGGACACCAGCUACUUCGACACUCGUUCGGACAAGUACCACCACAUCAACUCCUACGACGAGGACGACACAACGGAGGACGAGCCGGUGGAAAUCCGGCAGUUCUCGUCCUGCUCCCCAAGAUUCAGCAAGUUACCCCCCAGACCUCCCCGCCUGUCCGUCACGAUCCCCACAGUGGAGCAGCACAGCAGCUCCCCACUGGCCAGCCCCAUGUCGCCCCGCUCCCUCUCCUCGAACCCGUCCUCGCGGGACUCCUCCCCGAGCCGCGACUACUCGCCCGCCGUCACCGCCCUGCGCUCGCCCAUCACCAUCCAGCGCUCUGGCAAGAAGUACGGCUUCACGCUGCGCGCCAUCCGCGUCUACAUGGGCGACAGCGACAUCUACAGCGUGCACCACAUCGUCUGGCACGUGGAGGAGGGGGGCCCAGCUCACGAGGCGGGUCUCUGCGCCGGGGACCUCAUCACCCACGUCAACGGGGAGCCUGUGCACGGGCUGGUGCACACAGAGGUGGUAGAGCUCAUCCUGAAGGGCCUGGCCAGCGGGGGCCAGACGAGCGCCAAGGAAGGGCCAGCCUGCGCCGAGGCGGCCAGCAGUCCCCGCGACCCGGCGGGGGGCAUCAGGAGACAACAGGGGGUUCAGACUGAAGAAGCCUUUGCCGCUCCCGCCCGGCCCCCAGCCAAAGCUUUGAGCCCGGUGCAGGAGUAUGAGCAGGGCAGGCGAGGCGAGGCAGAGGGGGCACCACGCGGGCCCGUGCCCCUGGUGGUGGAGCCCCAGGAGAGCGCCGACGGGCAGGGGCUGUGGGAGAGGAACGCCAAGGGGGGCCAGGGCCGACAGCCCCCCAAGUGCCCCCAGAACCAGGCUGGCUCCCCCAGGGAGAAGUUGAUCCUGGAGGUGGUGGAGGAGCAUACCACCCUGGGGCCCCGAACCAAGCCCUCCUCCCCCAAAGGCCCCUGCCCUCAGGGUGCUAAAAAUGGGCUGCCCCCGCCCAGGAAGGGCCUGGCUGAGGCGAAGACUCUGGGAGUGAUCCUGCCAGCUGGGAGGGGCCCUGCCCCCCAAGUCUCGCCCCCUGCCGUUGUGGAGAAAAAUGCAGCGGGGCACUGAGAACAGUGGGGGGGGGCAGGGUGUCCCCCCCGAAGUGUACAUGCCGCAGGGAAACAGGGAUGUCCCUGAAUUUUGGGAGACAUGGUCGGGAACCCCUCUGCCGUCCCCCCAAAAGGAAUCUUGUCUGGUUUUGUGCAGAGGGUGGCAUGGGGUUACACAAAGCCCCCUCCACCCCCAGUCACAGCUGCUUCCAUCAGUGGGGUGAGGGGCACCGAGCCAGGAGGAACCCCCCACUUGGCCUGGUUUCUAAGCUCCAUGGCGAGGGGGGAGUGGAGGCAGCCCCCAUUGUAAGCCCCCCCCCCAGUGAAUGGCAUGUCCUGUGUAAAGUAUCUAUACAAAUCUCUAUAUAUAAUAUAUACGCACAAGAAUCCCACGUACACUGAAGGGUUAAUACUGUGAUUCCCCUCCACCCCCUGCGCCCCAGUUCGUUGCCAUGGCCCUGUCAGGGAAGGGUUAAUGUGUCCCCAGAUUCCCUGGGGGGGGGGCAGCUUGCUCUGGAUCCCUCCAGGGCUGGGGGGGGUGCAU